CUUUGGGGCGUGGUUGCUUCGCGCCCUCUCUUUCCUCUCGCUUCAACAGGCGUCAUGGACCAUGGCUCCAAGGAAGGAGACUCCGCCGGGGCAGCGACCGGGGACGCCGGCCGGGGUGCUGCCGCCUCCUCCGGCGGGGUAGUGGUGCAAGUUCGAGAGAAGAAGGGCCCCCUGCGCGCGGCUAUCCCCUACAUGCCGUUCCCCGUAGCCGUUAUCUGUUUAUUCCUCAAUACCUUCGUGCCGGGGCUAGGGACGUUUGUAUCAGCCUUCACAGUAUUGUGUGGAGCCCGGACUGACCUCCCUGACAGACACAUUUGCUGCGUCUUCUGGUUGAACAUUGCAGCAGCUCUGAUUCAGAUCCUCACAGCAAUUGUAAUGGUUGGAUGGAUCAUGAGUAUAUUUUGGGGGAUGGACAUGGUCAUUCUUGCCACGGAGCGAAGAUGCAGAGCAGCGGAGACUGACCUUCACUGAUCACUUUUAUAACAAACUCCACUGCAGAGGUACUGCCAUGGGGAUUCUUAGACUGGCACAGCCAACAUACUAUUGUGACAUUCGAGCCAUUCCAAAAGCAGGAGUUAGCCACUGGUUUGCAUGGAAAUGUCACUGAGGAAGAUGGUGGUUGAUUGGACAUAGAUGCAAGGGACUAUCUGGUCGCUAGAGAUGUCAUUUUCUCCAUCCAGAGGGUGGUAGAGAACACCUGAAAACAAUUCACCUCCUUUUAUGGCUUGCUGAAGAAACAGCCAUACUGUGAAUAUCAAAAAAGCCGAGGAAGUAUUUAUAGAUACAUGUACAGUAUGUUUUUGAAAAGUGUGUAUUCCAAAAGAUCUUUCUUAAUCAUUUCUUGGGUACAGGAAGGUUCAAAUGUGUAGCCUUUCCUGCUGUGUGUAUGCUAUGUUUGCGUGUGUGUGGUUUUUAAUGGUGCUUGCUGACGAUCAGUUUCUGCAGCUAUCCUAAGAUUUUGCUUGCUGCUUUUGUAAAUUUUAUUUCAUUGUUAAGGUAAUUCAGGCUCAGCUGUUUAUGCAUCCUGCCAGCUUCUGCUUGCUAAAUGCAAAAAAGAAGUUCUGAUCUGUUGUCUGCCAGGAAGCAAGAAGCUGGCUCUUGCCAAGUAACGUCACUCUGUGGUGUUGUGUAGGUGCUUUGUUCUUGGGUAGGAGGGGGUGGGGGUUACAACUUUUACAAGAUUUAUAGGUUCACAUUGUUCUUGUAUUUAUGGGGAGUCAGGAAAGAUAAUAGAGAUUUUCAUCCAUCAGCUAC